CGACUUGUCUUUUAUAGGUUUCAUCGAAGGGCACCCUAACAGGUGGCUACUUCAAGAACAUCAGGUCAAAACUUGAGAUUCAAAAGAGUAGAACUGAACUGCAGUCACAGAUAAAAGACGCCGAGAAGGAGUUGGUCAAACUGAGAGAGGACUUACGGAGUAUUGAAUCCGAAAUUAACACUGUCGUCUCUGAUAUGCAAAAAACUGAAACAAAAAAUAGCAAGGCCAAAGGCUACUUUGACAAGCUGAAGGCAGACAUCAGGCUGAUGAAAGAAGAGCUGCUGGGCAUUGAGAGGUACCGAACACCCAAAGAGCGAUCACUGGCUCAGUGCAUCAGCAACCUUGAAGCCAUGCAGACAACGCGAGCCGGUCUAGAAGCUGAAUUGCAUCAGGAUCUUCUAUCACAACUGUCAGUGGUCGAUCAAUUAGAAAUGGAUAAACUGAAUGAUGACAUCAAAAGACUCACUCAUGAGAACAAAUCUGCAUUCUCUACAAGAAUGAAUCUAGAAGCAGCGAAAAAUAAAUUGGAAAAUCUUCUCAUCAAUAAUUUAAUUCGAAGGAAGGAUGAGCUAAUUCAG